UCUAUCUCGUGUCUUCAUUUAAAAGGAUGCUACAGUUAUUUGAGUAGUAUUUAAACAUACAACGGGGAUCAGUAUACGAAAGAUCCGCGCGUGUUUGAACGAUAAGCGGUGAUUUUAAGCCGAUAAUACUCACAGACAAUAGAGGGAGGGAUAGGUAGAAUUUGCGAGUAGCAAAUACAAGAUGUCGGGGAAUUAUCACUGUAAAUUUAAUCACUUAACACAGCGCCGUUUUUUAUACAGCGACUAUUUAGGGUCGUUUUAGAAUUUCCGUGACGUAAGUUAUCUUUGCGCAAGAGCUCAUCGCUGCGUUUGUGUAUCUAUUUCACUUCUUAUCCGUUGCUUUUAACACGAUGCUUCUUAAUGCGAGUCCUCAAUUGGUGCACGUGGCUUGAGAUACCCAAGUAUUAUACAUUCGUAAGAACAGUUGAAAUUGCUUUGUAUAAUAGCAAUUAUUCUUUUCUCUAAUAGUUCCUGUUAUGUGUUUCUAUUGUAUAAAAGUAGAAUUAUAAGUAAUACGACAUAAAAUUUAAAGAAAUUAGACAUCACAGACUCGCGUUUCGUACGCGCUAUUUAACAAAGCGCUAUUUUAUUUUUUACUUUUUAAAAAUAAAUUGCAAUGAUAAUUUUAUAGACCAUCUAUACAAAUUAUUUUGCUAAUUCGGCGACGACAGCCUCUCACGAAGUUAGCUCAGCAAAAGAACUAAUCAGCGUCGCGAUGAAGCGGUGACAUUUUAACAGAUUCGACUAUCGAUUUUAUGCUUUUUUUAGGAGUGAAUCUUUUUGUACGCAUUCAAAUGUUCGAUAUUUUUACAUUAAUAUCUUCAUGCAUUUAAAACGCGUCAUUUUCCGAAUUUUUGUGAAAACGGUAUUAGGGGAAAAAUUAUAGGUUGUUAGAGAAUAAAAUUUAUGAUCAGGUAAAAUUAUACAUGACAUUAUGCAAAACUGCAAAGAAAAAAAUCCUAAUAAAUUAUUUGAACAUACAUAUAAGGUACUAUGUUACGAAAAAAGUGUAAAGCCUUUGCCGAUGAUACAAAUGUAUCUGCAAAAGAACUGCUUGCGAUUUUGUGUCGAUCAUGUAAAUUUGGAAGAUUGGUCGCCUCUAUUGAACAGUAUAAUGCAAGAUCGAAGUCUGUCCAAAAUUUACGGAUAUAGUCAAGAUUGCCGCAAAAAGAUUAGAGAGAAAAUAGAUACAGAAAAGAAACUUAUAAAAUUACGUAAGUUUAAGCUUGCAGGUGCUCCGCCGCAACAAAGGGACAAUCGAAGGGAGAAUUAAAAAACAUGACAAUGGCAAAAAAUGAUAUAUAAGUUUGUGAAUCGCAAAAUGGCAAAUGGAUUGGCAUUCUGCUCGCACGUUCAGGAGAUGCACACGCAAGGGUCGACAGCAGCCAAUUUUAUACACGAAUUAUCUACUACGAUGCUUCGUUCACUCAAUCGCGGUCUGUCUGAAGAACUCAUUGAUGAUCACCAGCCUCACGCUCGAUGGUAUCCCUCUGGCACCCACGUAUCUAAGGAUUCUCGGUGAUGGUCUGGCAAAUAAUCGUAAUCUACGAAGCUUGUCACUGUCCAGAUGUCGAAUAGGAGAUGCAGGUUGUUAUAUGUUGUUGGAAAAUUUACAACGUAAUCCAACUCUUCAUAUCCUAAAUCUAUCGUCAUGCUGCCUCACUAACAGAAGCGCAACAUGCCUGUCAUUGUUCUUCAAAAAGAGAAAAGCCGAUUUGCUACAAAGCGGUCAGAAGGAGUCAGCAUUACCUGGAGAUGCUCGCACAACGGAGGAAGGAUUGCGAGUGCUGAUACUUGAUAAAAAUUAUCGAUUUAGUGACAUCGGUUUGAGACAAUUAACACGUAUGCUGAAAAAUGAUCUUUGGCUCAAGACAUUGUGCUUACGUGGUUGCGGAAUUACGCAACAUGGAGGAAAAAUUGCAUUAGAGCUUUUACAAAUAAAUAGCGUGCUUACACAGAUUGAUCUUAGGGAUAAUGAAGUAUCGGCCAAUAUACAAGAAAUUAUUCGCAAGAUUUUAAGGAAAAGAAAAAUUAUAGAAGAAAAAAUACCGAUAAAGAAACGAUUGCUGAAUCACAAGCAUAUCGUACAAAAUAUAAUUUCAAGAAAUAAAUCAUCGUCUCAGCAUCUAUCGAAAAAAAAUAAACUUCUCGAAACUCAAACUCAUACUCAAACAAAAACGCAAAAAGAUUGUAUUUCACAAACACAACAAACCACACUUGAACGAAAGAUGAGAAGAAAGGGUAAGAAAUGUAGAUCAUAUAGUUCAAUGAAGACAAGUCAAAUCACUUGGAUCAAUGCGGACGAAUUAAAAAGUCGGCUGUCUUAUAUGAUCGAACGCAAUCAGAAUUUAAUAAGAGAUUUGGAGAACAGUACCAAUUUUCUACUGAAGGAAACAGAUCGCCGUUUGAGUGCUGAAGAGGCAUAUCAUAAAAUACAACCCCGACUGCGAACUCUCAAGAAUAAAAUCGCCAUGCAAAAUUCCAUUCAUUCGAAUAUGCGUUACGAAAAUAAAGUUUACGCAAACUUAAAAAAUAUAUUCAACGAAUGGAAAAUCUCGACAAACGGGAAAAUAUUAAGUAUAGACAAAAGUCUUUGCAAAAGAGUUGACCAGAAUAAAAUUAAAUCUAAUGUUUGUUAUGAUAAAAAUCAACCGUUAAAAAAUAAAAUCACUAAUUUUUUCAGAGAAGAUCUUAAAUAAAAUUGUGGCAUUAAUAAUUCUAUAUUGUACAUACAAUUACGUGUUGUAUGGCAAUUUAGCAUUGAGUGUAAAAUAAAAAGUAUAGUACUAUAAAA